CUCGCCGCCGCGAUGCCGCUCGUGAAGAGGAGCAUCGAGCCCCGGCACCUGUGCCGGGGGGCUCUGCCCGAGGGGGUGACGAGCGAGCUCGAGUGCGUCACCAACAGCACGCUGGCCGCCAUCAUCAAGCAGCUGGGCAGCCUCAGUAAGCAUGCUGAGGACAUCUUUGGGGAGCUCUUCAAUGAAGCCAACAGUUUCUACAUGCGGAUGAACUCGCUGCAGGAGAGGGUGGACCUGCUGGUGAUCAAGGUGACACAGCUGGACUCCACCGUGGAGGAAGUUUCGCUGCAAGACAUCAACAUGCGCAAAGCAUUCAAGAGCUCCACGGUGCAGAACCAGCAGGUCGUGUCCCGCAACUCCAUCCCCAACCCAGUGAUGGAGAUGUACCAGAGGUGUGACAAGCCCCCGCCGCUCAACAUCCUCACGCCUUACAGAGAUGACAAGAAGGAUGGCCUCAAAUUCUAUACUGAUCCCUCCUAUUUCUUCAACUUAUGGAAAGAGAAGAUGCUGCAGGCAACUGAGGAUAAGAGAAAGGAGAAGCGCAGACAGAAGGAACAGCGGUUAGUAGAAGACUCCACCCGGGAGGUGAAGAAAGUGAGGAAAGCCCGUAACCGGCGCCUGGAGUGGAACAUGAUGGCGUAUGAUAAAGAGUUUCGACCGGAUAACAGGUUCUCACCAUCCCCAUAUCACAUGGCCUCAUCGGAAGGAUCACUGUCCCCAGAUAAUAGAUCUUACGCGUCCGACGCUGCUGAUCACUCCUAUCCCGCCAGCCCUAACCACCCCGCGCAGCAGAUGCUCGCCCCGGCCUCCCACCUGGCGGCGGACACCAAGGAGGCCGCGCUCGUGGCUAACCAGGCCCAGGAGCACGUCUACAGGCCCUCGGCGGCGGGAAGCCGCCAGAACAGCCUCAACCGUGUCCAGCAGCCGAGCGUGCCGCCGCCUCCGGAGGCUAUAUUAAAUGGACCAAGGCCUCACUUAGUCAAGGAUUACGGGCAGCAGCAGGCGCCGAUGGCCGAAUACUUCGUGCCACCAGCGCCGCCGCCCCCGCCGCCCGUCAUCCCCUCCGCCCAGACCGCCUUCGACAGCCCCAUCUCUGCGCCCCCCGCGCUGGCCGCUGGCGCGGCUGCCUCGGCGCCUCAUGCCGCCUACGCGCCCUCGCCGCCCCCCGCGCCGCCCUGCCCCUACUCCGCCUCCCCGCCGCACGCCGGUCCCAUGGGGCCCCCCGUGGCGCCCCCGCCGCCGCCGCCGGGCCCCCCUGCCGUGGCCGCCUCGCCAGCGCACUCGGCUUCACCCCCGGCUGUCACCGUGGAGCCCCGGAAAGCCCAGAUCCCGCUGAUCCCCAUGAGUGACGCCAGGAGCGACCUGCUGGCUGCCAUCCGCAGGGGAAUUCAGCUCCGGAAAGUCCAGGAGCAGUGGGAGCAAGAGGCCAAGAAAGAGCCUGUGGGCAAUGACGUGGCAACGAUCCUCUCCCGACGGAUCGCGGUGGAGUACAGUGAGUCCGAUGAUGACUCAGAACUGGACGAUAACGAGUGGUCUGAUUGAGAGAGCCUGGGAUGCUGUGUUGGAUGGUAGCUCCUCCACUCUAUGCACCACUUUUCCACACCAGGUGCGUAUAGACGCCUUCCUCAAAACUCAAUGCCAACCAUGGUCUGCAGUUAGCCCCACUUAUUCAGGAGCUUUGCUUUUACACUAUGUCAAAAAAAAUUCUGGCAGCAUUACCGCUGGAGGGUAUGCAUUGGUAGGAUACACCUCUGAAGCAAUGAUAAUAAUUAGCAAUUAGCAGCACCUUCAUGUUUAGCAACGUCGAAAACACUAUGAAGCCCCAGUAAAUAGAAUUACUCAGAUUUACACCUGUGUAAACAAGAUCAGAGACUGGCCUGCAAUAUAUUUUUUAGAGAAAAUUGAGACACAACAGUGCUUUUUCAGCUAGAUGUUAAAUUUGUAAUGAGAAUCUACUGGAAAAGAAACCUUUUUUGGUAGCUGAUAUCACCAGCUGAUCAUCGGCAUUUAGACCGUCAGGCACUUGUUUGCGUUUUGCUCUAGUGUCCAAAGUUGUGGCUUGGGGCUGCAUGAGCCAGGGCCAGUCCCGUUUGCUGCUCUGAAAGUUGCACAUAGGCACAUACUCCUUUUCCCUUGGAGUUAAGCACCGUGUUUCACAGCAGUGGGACAGUGGGAGGCUGUCACUGUGUGCUGGUGUCACUCGCUGGUGGACUCCAGGAGAAGAUCAAGACCUUUCUGAUGUGUUUCCAUCCUUGGGACCACUUUUCUCGGGGAAAAGAGUGUGAGGCAAGGGCAGCAAAAACCACCUUGAGAGCUGCUCUUUCACAACUAGCAAGAAACAAGGCAUUUGUCACUCCUUGGAGAGGUGCCAUGCGUGGUCUCCUUGGAGUGGGGAAGUGGGCUACCUACAAGGAGCAGGAGGGCUGCAUUGCCUAGGGUGUUUUCCUCGAGCCCAACUAUUAUUGGCCUUAGCACUAUAUGAUUUUAUUUUUGUUUGAAAAUAUAUUAACUAGAUGAAAUGCUGCUUGUAGGUAAACUUAAACCCGGGAGAGGAAGUGAGAACAAAGUUUAUUCUUGUUCUCUUGAUUUGCACUUUGUAGUUCCACAAGCUGUGCUGGUACGGUUGAGAUUAACUCCGAUCUGGAGCACUGAUUCCUGCAGGCCUGAUUCUCCCGCUUCCUCUUCCUCCCAGAGGGUCCUGGGGGUGGCCUGCAGCAAAGCAAGGCACUGACGGGGGAGCCUGGCAGAAUCAGGCCUCAGCCACGAUGCUGAAAAUACCAGCGCGUGUUCGGUGGUUGGUUCUUCAAAAUAGAGAGUGUGAUUCAUAGAAGCGUCUCCAUGCAGCUAUUAUAGGAGAAUUCAUGGGAAGCCGGAAUGAAUGGGUGUGAAACACCGAAAAUAUCACAGUCAGGAGUAAGAAUUUGCAGAGAACUGGAAAUGCUUUCUGAACAGCCGAAAAUGGGCCAGUGUCAUCCGUAAACCUGUCCGGCUGACACGUCUGGCCAUGCAAGGGCCCACCCCAGCAGGAGACCUAUGCAGCUCACCAGCUGAAGUAUUCCUAUUUACUGUGAGCCCCUGAAUGGGAGGAAACUGCAUCUCCACAUCGUGUCUCUUCUGGUGAGGGUUUUGCCUUUGGCCCAUCUCCCUGGCUUUCGCAAAGGCCAGGUAGGUGAGCAUCAAAGAGCCAAGGGAUGCAAAAUGUGUUUUCAAUACCUAGAAGUGAAUAGACCUAGAAAAGAGAUGGAAGGAAUUGUCUAGGACUCAAAAGAUUCAUAAAGACAUCAUUUGGCUGAUGUUUCAGUUCACCCUGAGAAAUAUUUGUAUUGAAUGAUGCCUCCGAGUAUCUAUUUGUUUUCCCGUUAGAAAGAAACCUUUCUUGGUGAGGUGAACUGAACACAACCCUCCUCUUCCUUCCCCUCCUUGUGCUGAAAGCAAAUAUCACCAUAAGCCAUCAUUUACCCUGACUAAAGCAAAAUAUUCUCCAUCCUUUAGAUUUGACACUUCCCAUAUCUCUGCAUCCCACUGACUCCUUCAGGUGAGAUAUGGGCAGUUCUUAGAAGCACACAACAUUUCUCCCCACCCACGGCAAGCCUCUGAGUCAGUCUUGGGAGUGAUAUAUUUGGCAGUGGUGGGCAGCCUGAGUGGAUGCUGCCAUGUGAAUGUGCGUGGAAGUGGGAGUGAGGGAUAAAUAAAUCUCAGGAGGGUCUAGGGGAGAAGGAUGCUCUCCUGCAAGCAGGGCACAGGAUUUUGUCUGAGUUGCAGGGCUGAGUUUGGGAGCUUGAACUAGGAAGUAGCACUGAAUAUGGGAGAGAAUAAAGGUGAGUUUGAAAAGGAUUUAGGGUGGGAAGCAAAGCUUGCUACGCUGUCAAUGAAUCUUCAGUUCUCUGCACUGUCUUUGGCCUUCUCCCUGUGGCAUUACUAGGUCUGAUUUUCCCUUUACUUAGGUAAAAUUCACAUUGACUUCAAUGUGGCUAAUAGCCAGCGUAGUAAGUGUACAGAAAAUCCUUAAUUUAACCUCAGAAUUUAUUAUUUUAGUAGUUCUGCUGCCUCCUUGAGUGUUCAUUGACUCAGCUUAUAAAAAGAUGGGCACUUUGAACUUCAGAGAAAGACCUUAGAAUAUGAGAUUGGCCAGAGCAGGUCAAACCCAACUUCUGCUUCAGCCUGCACAGAUGAAGCCUCUUGCUUCUGGCAUCAACCCUCUCUUCAGAGCUAGAGGAGACCCAGAAGUGACAACAUAAACUCUUGGCCAAGGCCUGAUGUCUUUAAUCAGGCAAAUAGCCACUGCAAUGCCCGUGAGGGGCUUUUCUCAUCAAAGCAGAUGGGGUUUGACCUGGUGCAAGUUCAAAAGAGAAACUUGUAAAAGUUCAGAAUAACAUCCAACUGGUAACUUCCUCAUAUGUAUGGUGAAAUAUUGUUAAUAUAGAUGUGACUGCGAUGUGGUGUGUGUAUGGUAAAAAAAAAAAAAAAAAGUGGUUUUGUUUGGAAAAUUUGGGAAAAGUAAUAAUGCUUUGUGCACUUGUGAGAGAGAGAAGACUAGUGAAGGACAUAGCAUGAGCUAUGGCUGUAGUAGGGCUUCCCACAUUGGAACACGGUGAGUCAGGAUUGACCCUGUAGCCUCCCACUUCCCUGUAGUGAACUUGGCUCUGUUUGGGAUUGACAGCAGUCAGUCAGAUCAUUUAACCCUGUUGUUGUCAGGGUCAGUGCCAAUUACAUGGCAAAGUGCUCGACAAUCACACAAAUCAAACCUUGUCUGCCUGGGUCACGUCUGCAGAGCAGAGGUGAAGCCAGGAACCGUGUGACUGCAGGAGGAGCAGAGUGCACCGUCAUUCCCUGGCUCAUUUAUGCUCUCACACCACUUUCUCCUCCCUCUGGCCUUCCAGCACAUCAAUGCUAUUUGCACUCUGCUUAAGGGAAUUCCCUCUACCUAAUAAAGAGCCCGUUUCAUAGGCCAAACUCCAAAGCAAGUCAGCAGGAUCAUAACCUCCCUAUGUUGCCCACUGCAUGUGACGAUUCAGUUCUUCCAGUGAUAUAGUCUGCCUUUGGUCCUUUGACUUCAUCAGACGUAGACACCUGAUGAGCUGACCCCAUUCCUGUAAGGCCAGCUCUGCUAACAGGCUUGAACACCCUCAUUUCUCUUUGGUUGAGGGACUUGGUCACCUUUGAGGCUGACCAUCUUUAAUUUAGGAGCAUUCAUCGUUCUUGCCCGAGUCACUUACAAAAUCAAAUGUGAGUAACAUCAGCUCCUUGGGUCAUCUGGAUCAGGCUAGCUCUGAUGCAGUCGGUUGUGUUAUCCUAAUUAACACUGGCUGAGUAUUUGACCCAUAUGCUGCAUGCUUGGUAUUUUGUACAUAUGUGCCUAUUUCCGUAUACUCUUCCAAAAGUAGGCCACGCUCUGUUAUACAACCUGAAACACUCAAAUCCCCAUGUGUGCUGAUAUAAAAGUGAAUAUUUAAAUAUUUUAUCUAGCCUGGCAGCCAUUAAAAAUACAAUUCAGGUCACAGAUGAUUGAAUUGCUCCUCUCUCUCAAGUGUACCAAAAGUAGGCUGAGGAGAUUCUCCUCUACAUUAAAGUAUCAUGUUCCACGUUAAAAUAUAGCAACAGCCUUUUAUUGCCAGAAGAUAAUCACAGAGUGCCAAACAUUUAAUGAGCCCAACCUCUCUCUUGAGAGAUCCCCUUCCAUUUUAUCUGCCUUUCCCUACUUGCCAAUUUAUGGGCGUAGAUUAAAAAUAAUAAAUAAAAGAUUGCCGACAGUGGGAAGUGUAUUCUACGUGCAUACAAAUGAAUUAGGCCAGAGUCAGUGACAAAAUAAAUAAGCUAUUUUGAUUCUGCUUGUAGAUAGCUAGGGAAGCCUCUACUCUGUGAGGUCCAUCAGAGAUCUCUUACGCACAUCCAAUUUACCUGGACAGGUAAAUCUCUAGGGAAGAGUGACCAUCACCUCCUGUGAUGUCUCCUGCUUUUGCAGCUAUUUUGUCCUCUGAAGGUUUCAUACUGCUGAUAAACAUUAUGCUGAACAUGGGGUAACUUCUGAGCGUAAACACCCUCAAACUUCCUCCCUGCAGCUCAUCUGCCUCUAUCUCUUAACACACUCAGUCUAAACUAUGUGUUUUAGCAAAGAGACAACUUCUCCUAUUUUAGGUCUUCUCUCGCUUUUCCACUUGGAUGCAGUAAUUUCUGUAACACAGGUGACAAUUCGGGUCACUGGGGACGAAGCGCUGUGCAGUGGUGGCUCAGGCUCUGCAGACCUCACAGCGAUCCCUGGCCACAGAGCCCCAACUAAUACUUUAGCUUUAACAGUGAAUGCCCCACAGCUUCACAGUUUGUAGUUUUGGAGAUGAACAUUCUGGCAGGUAUUUUUCAGAGCUCUAUCUCUCACCAUGAUGUGUCCCUGAACACUGAGCAUGGGGAGCCCAGGGAGGACUGUCCGGUCAUGGUGUGCCAUGGGAAGAGACUUACUCAUUACCAGGCCUCUUCUGAGGAAAGCUCUCCCACGGGAAAGUCCCAGCAAAGAGGUCAAUGUCCUUUGGCACUAGAUGUUGGCAAGGGCAUCGUAUGUUGUUGUUCUCACCACGUUUACUGCUUUUCUGUAGUUGUUGUUGUUGUCUUUAGGGGUAAGGUAUUAUAGGUUGGCAUGUCACUUUACAGACAAAAAUAAAAGUAAGGGCAAGGACUCUGUCCUGAGGAGCUUACAGUUUACAGCAAAGACCAUUUAACCUGCACUGCACUUUAGAAGACACAACUGCUCAAUCACUUACAUACCCAUGAACUUACCCUCCCCGUGAUGGUCAUUGCAGGAGAGACUUGCUGGGGCAAUGGGACCUUGAAGACGGUGCCCCUGCGGUAGCAAUGGCAGCCCCUAGAUGGGUGCCCCCCAUCAGCACCAUGCCUGUGUUCCCACUGAUGUCCUCCUGCCCCUACACUUUAUGCAGAAGUGCCUGAGCAAAGCACAGGAGCAGCAGGGCCACCCAGCUGCCCAUCACCAAGGUGAAGUUGGUGGCCCACGUUGCUGUAAGACUGGGUUCCCCAGGGAGACGUGCUGAAUUUUUCUUCAAAAGGGCAGCUAUUCCCUAGGAUGGUCCUUUCCCCACUUACCUGCAUGCAGGAUGGGGCAGUUCUGAUUCGUGGUGACCAUAGUACGUCAUGUAUGAGAGGAAACAUACCCAGGAAUGCUAUUGUGAUUAUGUGCUAGGAAUUGAAAUUGCUCCGUGCAAUUUGUGUGGUGCCCUGUAAGCUUAUAGAACUAGUUUUCCUGCAGGCAUUUGCACAAAGCCUAGGCUUUGAUACACUUCAGUCUUUUUGAGACCUGGAAGGUGAAUCUGAUGAUCCUUUAUCAAGCCCCAGUUUUUUUUUAGGAUCACUUGCUCAGGCUUUGCUUUCUGUAGGUGAAAAUUGUACCUGAGGACAAGUGGUCAUGGAGUUCAGUGGAUGAUUUGCCCCAAAGACUUCAGGCUAGCACGCUCACAAACUGCACAGGGGCAGGCACGCUGUGGUCCACCCUCAUGGGGUUCUUCUUUGGUGGGAAAAGUUCUGGCUUGGUCACAGGCACCCAAGACUAAAGGGGACUGUGCAGCAGCAGGAGCGAGAGGAUGCACCGUCCCUGCAGGAACCGUGCAGUUAACACCCACAUGGCCCCUGCUUGGCCAAGGUGUCCUUGAAGACAAUGUAGCCUCAAAUACAACAAAGGUUAUAGUUACUGCAGAAUAAACCUGAGAGGGAAAGAUGUGAAACUGCUGCAGGGAAGUGAGGCUGUGGGGCUGCUCCUAGAGUGUCUCAAUAGCAACAAGUUCCAGGUCUCAGGCAGCCUGUUCCUCACAGGCCCUUCUUUGAUGGUUCAUAGUUUGCAAACUGCUCUUCUUUCAGCUUAAGGCCAAUAUCUUUGAAAAUUAUCCA